CCUCAGCCUGCAUGUCCUCCUGUGAGACGGUCAUGAAGUGCCCACGCUACGAGGCUGCAGAGUCCAGGCUGCUGCACCUGAAGGCCUCCCCGGGGAGGAGCCCCACCAUCAAACCCCCGUGCCCCCCCACAGUGACCACCACGGUGUCGCUCUCCUCGCUCAACACCAGGGCGGUCACAGACAAGGAGAACAGCACCGACGGGACCCUGGACGAGGGCCUGGAGGACAGCGGGUACCUGUCGCUCCACAACAGCCAGAUCGAGGAGCACCCCGUGGAGGAAGAGGAGGAGCGCGCCAGGAAGAAGACGACGCCACGCGGAUCUCCCUCCAAAUGCCAAGGGAAGGGGGGCGGCGGCUCCUCCACCCCCGUGGAUCGGCUCAAGAGGAGGACGCUGUCGUCCACGCCGGCCGACCGCCACGAGGACCCCAACCUGCCCAUACUGAAGUUCCAGCAGGCGGUUUGCGAGGAGCUGAGCAGGAGCUACCAGAAGAACAAGAGGUACGACUGGAGCGUCGUAGCGAAGGUGGCGGAGCAUCAUUUCCUGGAUCGGGUCAUCGGAGGCAAGAUGGGCCGCGAGUACGUCGACGUGUUCUCGAGUCUGCUUUCCAGGAACACGUGGAGCAUCCUGGGCCACAUCCUGUCCCUGCUGGGAGACCUGGACCUCAUCAGCUGCAAGAAAGUGAGCCGGACCUGGUGGAGGAUCAUCUGUGAGGACCGAGUGGCUCGGAGCCGAUGUCAGAGGGCGGAGCAGCUUCUCAGGGAGUCGAGCAGCUCUCUGAGACGGCGGAGCUGUGGGCUCACCCGAGACGUGUCCAGGUCCAGGUUGGUGCUGUCCCGCGUGCAGCCGCUGGCCUCCUCGUGUACGCCGUCAGCCUCCUCCUCAUCUUCAGCAUCAUCUUCAUCGUGCUCUUCCACGUCCACCCCGAGCUGCAAGCUCCUCAGGCGGACUGCUGGCACGCCGAACCCCCCCUGCACGCGCUUCAAUGAGUACCUGCAGGCCGCCGCCGGUCUGAAGCUGCACGAGUCCCUGCGUCCCUGCCGGCGCUGCGGCUCUCCGGCGACGCACUCGUCCGUGGCCCAGAGGUCCACGUGCACGCGCCUCAGCUGCAGCUUUGACUUCUGCAGCUGCUGCGGGGGGGCGCUGCACGGCUCCACGCCCUGCAGGCCGCUGCGGCCCCACCCCUCCACGCCGUCCACCGCGCCCAUCGUGCUGGGCGGCGCUCGCAGCAAGAGGAACCUCCGCCGCCUUUGACUCCGCCCCCUGAAGCACUCGUUACAACGCUGCUGAACGAAAGAAAAGAGACAAAAGAGAUUUUAUUAUGUUUUUAAAAUGAAAUGGAUUGUAAAUAUAUAUAUAUAUUGGGAUUUUUUUAAAUUGUUUUUUUAAAAUAAAUGUUGAUCCUUAUAUGUUCAUAUUUCCUGUAAAUAUACGUUUCAUAAGA